UCUAUCGGUACCGGCCGUGUGCCGACCAUUCAUGUUCAUAUCAUUAGGACAAGUAGCUAGCGAGCCACUUAGCCGGCCGGCCGUGUCGUGAGGAGGAUGGAGUACAGCAGGGAGCCGGGGCGGCAGCCGGCGGCGGCGGCCGUGGAGAUGUCCGCCGGGAGCGAAGGCGAAGGGUGGUACGACGUGGUGGCCACGGCGGCGAGGAAGGAGCCGCCGCCGCUCACCCACGACGACAACCGCGGCUUCCUCCGCAUGCUCCGCGAGAAGAAGGAGAGGCUGGGCGUGGAGGCGGCGAGGGUGGAGGUGCGGUUCGAGAGGCUGACCGUUGAGGCGGACGUCCGGGUGGGCCGCCGCGCCGUGCCGACGCUGCUCAACUGCGCCGUCAACGCCGCCCAGGAAUUAGCAACAUCUGCCCAUAUGUGUGUUACAAGGAAAAGGCCUAUGAGGAUAAUAAACGAAGUAAGUGGGGCCAUUCGACCAUCAAGGAUGACACUACUUCUAGGUGCACCAGGUUCAGGGAAAACAACUUUUCUAAAAGCAUUGGCAGGAAAAUUGGAUUCUUCUUUGAAGUUCAAAGGAAAGGUACUGUACAACGGAGAAGAAAUGAGCUCCUCAACACCACAGUACCUGCGUGCUUAUGUUAGCCAGUAUGAUCUCCACCAUGCUGAGAUGACAGUAAGAGAGACGAUCGACUUCUCUUCCAAGAUGCUGGGAACCAAUAAUGAAUUUGAGAUGCUAGGAGAAGCAAUAAGAAGAAAAAAGGGUGUCAUCAAUAAAAUGGACCAGGAUCUUGAUUCAUUCAUUAAGGUAGUUUCACAUUGUACUACACUUACAAAACUGGAUUGUAUUUUGUCCAGUUACUCAAACAACUGCUUUCUGCAGGCUACCACCUUUGGAGAAGGAAGCAACCUUACAACAAACUACAUUAUCAAGGUAACAUGGCUACUUCAGUUUGCCAUAUAUCUUGACAACAUAAUAGUAACAGUUGAUUAUAUGCAGAUACUUGGCUUGUCUGAGUGUGCUGAUACCCUAGUAGGAGAUGAGAUGAGAAGAGGAAUAUCAGGAGGGCAAAAGAAAAGAGCCACAAUUGGGGAGAUGCUAGUUGGUCUUGCAAGAUGUUUCUUUAUGGAUGAUAUAUCAACAGGUCUAGAUAGCUCCACCACAUUUGAGAUCAUGAAAUUUCUCCAACAGAUGGUACAUUUGAUGGAUCUCACAAUGGUUAUUUCCUUGCUGCAACCACCUCCCGAGACAUUGGAAUUAUUUGAUGACAUUAUACUUUUAUGUGAGGGGCAAAUUGUGUAUCAUGGUCCUCGAGAAAAUGCUACAGACUUCUUUGAAACUAUGGGAUUCAAAUGCCCUAGCAGGAAGAAUGUAGCGGAUUUCCUUCAAGAGGUAACCUCAAAGAUGGACCAAAAGCAGUACUGGGCUGGUGAUCCAAAUAAGUAUCAGUACCAUUCAAUUGAAAAAUUUGCAGAAGCAUUCCGAAUGUCAUAUCUCCCUCGACUAGCAGAAGAAAAACUGUGCAGUACAAACAAUACUGGAAAUGAAGUAAAAAUGAAUGCAAGUCGCCAGAUCUCCAGAUGGAACAUUUUCAAGGCAUGCUUUUCAAGAGAAGUGUUGCUCCUAAAACGAAACUCUCCGGUACAUAUAUUCAAGACCAUACAGAUAACUAUUAUGGCUUUGGUAAUCUCCACACUUUUCCUGAGAACAAAAAUGAGCCAUAAAUCCGUACUUGAUGCCAAUAAGUACAUGGGAGCGCUUUUCAUGGCUGUUGUGAUAGUAAACUUCAAUGGCAUGACUGAAAUUGCAAUGACAAUAAAGCGGCUUCCCACCUUCUACAAGCAAAGGGAACUACUAGCAUUGCCAGGAUGGGCACUCCUCUCUUCAGUUUUUCUUAUUAGUAUCCCGAUAUCGCUUGUUGAAACAGGCCUUUGGACAGGCUUAACCUACUACGUGAUUGGAUAUGCACCUUCACCUAUCAGGUUCAUCCAGCACUUUCUGGUACUUUUUGCCAUGCAUCAAAUGUCAAUGGGCCUGUAUCGCUUCUUGGCGGCCAUAGGAAGGACACAAGUGAUGGCCAACAUGCUAGGCACUGCAGCUCUUAUAGCAAUCUACAUACUUGGAGGCUUUGUCAUAUCAAAAGAUGAUCUCCAACCAUGGUUGCGCUGGGGAUAUUGGACGUCCCCGUUCACCUAUGCACAGAAUGCGAUUGCCCUCAAUGAAUUUCAUGACAAAAGAUGGGCUACAGAAUUUUAUUAUGCUGAUGCAAACACCGUCGGUGAAGCUAUCCUCAGGAUCAGGGGGCUGCUCACGGAAUGGCAGUGGUACUGGAUUUGUGUCAGUAUUUUAUUUGGAUACUCGCUGGUCUUCAACAUUCUCAGCAUAUUGGCAUUAGAGUUCAUGAGCUCUCCACACAAGCAUCAAGUUAACAUCAAGACCACUAAGGCAAAUUUCGAGUACCACAGCCAGAUGGUUGUGAAUGGCAAUUCGUCAAAUGAUCAAGUUAUCCUCCCAUUUCGACCCCUCUCCCUUGUAUUUGAUCACAUCAACUAUUUCGUUGACAUGCCUAAGGAGAUGACAAAAAAUGGAGUAACGGAGAAAAAACUUCAGCUGCUACAAGAUGUCAGCGGUGCUUUUAGGCCAGGAGUGCUAACAGCUCUAAUGGGAAUAACUGGUGCUGGCAAGACAACAUUGCUAGAUGUAUUAGCUGGAAGAAAAACCGGGGGAUAUAUUGAAGGGACUAUUAAAAUAGCAGGUUACCCUAAGAAGCAGGAGACAUUCUCAAGGAUCUCAGGUUACUGUGAACAGAGUGAUAUUCACUCCCCUAAUCUGACUGUUUAUGAGUCACUGAAGUUUUCUGCAUGGCUUCGCCUGCCUUCAAAUGUUAAACCUCAUCAAAGAGACAUGUUUAUCGACGAAGUCAUGAGUCUAGUUGAACUCACAGAGUUGAAGAAUGCCAUGGUGGGAAUUCCAGGGGCAACGGGCCUGUCAGCUGAGCAGCGGAAAAGAUUAACAAUAGCUGUGGAGCUGGUAGCUAGUCCCUCUAUUAUAUUUAUGGAUGAGCCAACCACUGGCUUGGAUGCUCGUGCUGCAGCAAUUGUCAUGAGAACAGUACGAAAGACAGUAGACACUGGCCGAACUGUUGUCUGCACAAUUCACCAACCAAGCAUUGAGAUAUUUGAAUCCUUUGAUGAGCUUCUGCUUAUGAAAAGAGGAGGUCAGCUCAUAUACAAUGGCUCGCUAGGACCACUAUCUAGCAACAUGACAAAGUAUUUCGAGGCAAUAUCAGGCGUUCCUAGAAUAAACAAGGGCCAAAAUCCAGCAGCAUGGAUGCUAGACAUCAGUUCACAUAUAACAGAAUAUGAGAUUGGAGUGGAUUAUGCAGAAAUUUAUCGCAACUCCUCCCUCUACAGGGAGAACAGGCUUGUAAUUGAUGAGUUGGAACAACCAGAACCAAACACAGAGGAUCUACAUUUUCCUCAGGGUUAUUGGCAAAACUUCACGACGCAAUGCAUGGCUUGCCUGUGGAAGCAAAGUUGUGCGUACUGGAAAAACUCGGAACACAAUAUUGUUCGGUUCAUAAACACUAUUGCCGUUGCGAUCAUGUUUGGAACCGUAUUCUGGAAAAUCGGCUCAACCAUAAAGGAUGAGCAAGAUUUGUUCAACGUACUUGGGAUCGUAUAUGCGUCAGCACUGUUCCUGGGCUUCAUGAAUUGCAGCAUCCUGCAGCCGGUGGUGGCAACCGAGAGAGUCGUGCUCUACCGUGAGAAGGCGGCGGGCAUGUACUCCACCAUGGCCUACGCCAUUGCUCAGGUGUCGGUGGAGUUGCCUUACAUGCUGGUGCAGGUGCUGAUCUUCUCGUGGAUCGUGUACCCGAUGAUCGGGUUCGAGCUGGCGGCGGGCAAGUUCUUGUGGUUCUUCCUGUACCUGGUGAUGAGCUUCAUGUACUACACGCUGUACGGGAUGAUGACGGUGGCGCUGACCCCCAACAUCGAGAUCGCCAUGGGCCUGUCGUUCCUCAUCUUCAUCUUCUGGAACGUCUUCUCCGGCUUCAUCAUCGCGAGAGAGAUGAUGCCGGUGUGGUGGCGGUGGGUGUACUGGGCGGACCCGGCGGCGUGGACGGUGUACGGGCUCAUGUUCUCGCAGCUGGGGGACCGGACGGAGCAGAUCCAGGUGCCGGGGGCCGGGGAGCAGACGGUGCGCGAGUUCCUGGAGGGGUACCUGGGCCUGCAGGACAGCCACUUCGAGCUGGUGACCUGCCUCCACCUCGCCAUCAUCGGCCUCUUCGCCUUGCUCUUCUUCCUCGCCAUCAAGCACCUCAACUUCCAGCGCAGGUAGAGGGCGGCGGCGGCGGCGGAUUCGCCAUCAAUAGACGGCGACAUUAA